GUAUUCUCAAAGCACAAGAUCAGUGUUUUAGCGGCGGCUCCUUGCUAGUUACUCCCGCUUGCUUCUCUAUGUGCGCUUUGGUCAAGAGCUCGACGACGAUGGAGGACUCCGCCGGCAUUCUUCGCCAUAUAUCUUCUUUCAAGGAUAUGCUCGACCUGGUCAAUGAAGAGAUUGAGCAUACCAUUUUGAGGACAAGAGAAGUCGACACAGAAAUUGCAAAGCUUUCUGAGGAUCAAGAUAACUAUGCUAUCAGAGAGCAUGGUUUGGCAAUGAAGAUAACAAGCAGGAAUCUUGAGCUUGAAGCUUUAGUUCAAGUGGCUACUAUUUCAAAGGCCUCUGUAGAAUUGAUGGAAAAGGAAAUAGAAUCUCUGAAGCAAAACAAGGUUAACAUUGAGAAAAGAAUAUCCAACAAGAGGGAGGUUUUCCUUUUUCAAUGUAAAAAAUUUCAAGAGGAAAUGACAACCAGUGAAAAUGAUGUGUUGCGUCUACUAUUAUUGGAAAAAGAGGCACUUGAGAACGAGAAGGAAAAUUUGCAAAAGAAAAUUACUGCUUUAGAAAAUUCUACCAAUGAAUUUAUUGAAGAGAUUCUUCAAGAAAUUCACAUGUGCAAUUCUGCACUAGAAGCCGAGAUAAAUAACCUCAAGUCAGAACAUAUGAUUGUUCUCAACGACAUCAGUGAUCUGAGGACUCUCUUGGAAUCCAUCACCUCAUUUGAAGAUUCUAUCCAAUAGUAAAGAUCCAUAGUUUUCAAGUUGUAAUGAUGCCUAGUUUUCAAGAUGUUUCUGAAGUGUGAAGAUUUUGAAAUGCUUUUUUUUUGGGUGGUAUCUUUUAAGCAAAAGAUCCAAAAGAUUCUACUUGUGAUAUGUUGGAUUCCCCCGUCUUUGAAGAAAAAUGGUACAACUGAU